AUAGUGACCCGGUCAGUAAACAGUCUGUCACAUGAGUCCGGCAGAUAAAAAACAAACAUUAAAUCAUAUUUUCGUGGAUCUUUUAAUAUUUUAACUAAAACAUUUCAUUAGUAGAAGUGAAUCAGCGUUAUUCGGUUCAUCCUGAACGGCUCUAAUGUUAAUAAUUAACUGUUUAAAUGACUCUAACGGCCGCUAGCUGUUAGCCUGGUUAGCUCAGUGAAACCACUUUAAAUCUUAUUUAUGGAUCAAUAACAAACACAUAAACAUCUUAUUUUCGCUCUUUCAUCUUUAUUCCACUGCAGCAGGAUGAUCUGUCAGAUCUUCAUCCUGUCCUCUAAGGGGGACCACCUCAUCUACAAAGACUUCCGCGGAGAAGCAGGAAGUGAUGUCGUUGGCGUUUUCUACGAGAAGGUCACGGCACUGACCGGAGACCAGCCUCCUGUUGUCAUGAGUCAUAAAGACGUUCACUUCGUCCACGUUCGUCAGGGAGGACUCUACUGGGUCGCCACCUGCUCCUCUGACUCCUCCCCCUUCACCAUCGUAGAGUUCCUCAACAGGUUAACCUCUCUGGUUAAAGAUUACUGUGGCAGUCUGUCAGAGAAGUCGGUGCAGAUGAACUUUGCUCUGAUCUACGAGCUGCUGGACGAAGUCGUGGACUAUGGUUACAUCCAGACGACGUCCUCUGACGUCCUGAAGAACUUCAUCCAGACUGAAGCGGUGACGUCUCGUCCCUUCAGCCUCUUUGACCUCAGUAACGUCGCUUUGUUUGGAGCCGAGACGCAGCAAAGUAAAGUAGCUCCGAGUUCAGCAGCCACGAGACCCAUCCAGACCAGCAGAGAACAGGGAGGGAAGAGUGAGAUAUUUGUGGACGUGAUAGAGAGGAUGUCGGUGGUCAUCGGCUCCAACGGCGUUCUGAUGAAGGCCGACGUGGAGGGAGAGAUCAGAGUCAAGUGCUACAUGCCCAGCUGCUCUGAGAUGAGAAUCGGACUGAACGAAGAGUUCAGCAUCGGGAAGUCACAGCUCAGAGGUUACGGCGCGGCGGUGCGAGUGGACGAGUGCAGCUUCCACCAGGCGGUGAGACUCGACGAGUUCGACAGCAACCGGAUCCUCCGACUCUGUCCGAGUCAGGGAGAGCAAACAGUGAUGCAGUAUCAGCUGAGUGACGACCUGCCCACCGCCCCGCCCUUCCGCCUCUACCCAACCAUCGAGAGGGACAGCGGGGGCAGGCUGCUGCUGAUGUACCUGAAGCUGCGCUGCGACCUGCCACCAAAGAGCUCAGCCAUCAGUGUGUGUGUGAGCGUGCCGGUGCCUCGAGGCUCCGUCAGUCUGUCCCAGGAGCUCAGUAGUCCUGAUCAGAGUUCUGAGUUGAAGCUUCAGAGUCGAGUCAUCGAGUGGAGAAUCCCUCGAUUCACCGGAGGAACGCAGCUGUCGGCUCUCUUUAAGCUGGAGGUGUCCUCCCUCAGCUCCUCCUCCCUCCUGGAGGUGGGUCCUGUGGCUCUGAGCUUUGAGCUCCCCAAGCAGACGGUGACGGGGCUCCAGGUCCGCUUCCUCCGCCUCAACCCUCUCCAGCCGGGCCCCGCCCAGCGCUGGGUCCGCUACGUCACACACUCCGACUCCUACAUCAUCAGGCUCUGACAUCAUCAGGCUCUGACAUCAUCAGGGGCUGAUGACAUCAGUCUGACAUCAUCAGGGGCUGGGAAAAAAGGCCCAAAAAAGACAAAACAUUGACGAAAAAAAACACAAAAUGGCCCAAAAAAGACAAAAAUUUACGAGAAAAUACUCAAAAUGUCCAAAAUAAGACACAAAUUGACCACAAAAAUACAAAACAUUACAAAUAAGACACAAAUUGACCAAAAAAGGCAUUGAAAGAAAAAAAAAAGACACAAAUUGACCACAACCACAUCAGCAGGGUAUGAUGAU